AUGGCGGAGGAGCUAGAGGAGUUAUGGAAAAAACUAACAUUUACUGAGGAGGAAGAUGUAGGGAUAGUACUAGAUAGCAGUAGCAUUAAAGCUUCAAAAGAAGUCGAAAAAUGUUGUGCUGUGAUGAAGAUACUGACCCAAAGAUGCAUCAGUUUAGAUGUGUUAAGGAAAAAUAUGAGAAUGUUGUGGAAGCCAAAUAAAGGGGUCCAAAUUUUUAAGAUAGAUGAGGAUCUCUUCUUGGUGGAGUUCGGGGAUGGGAAAGAUAAAAAGAGAGUGAUUGAGAUGUGUCCUUGGAGCUAUGAGAAACAGUUAGUUCUCAUCCAAGACUUUGAAGGUGAACUUACUCCAAAGUGGGAGACAGCUCAUCUUCAAGAAGUGGACAAAGUGCAUGUGGGUGCUUUGGCACCAACUAUAAAGAAUGAAGCAAAAGUGGGGGGCCCAACUAACGUGGGCUUAGAUUUGGGCCCUCUUGCUAUGUGCUACGUUAAAGAGAAAGGGUGGAUAGCUGAAAUGUUAGGCCCAUCGAGUAAACAUUGGAAAUGGCUAACAAGGGAAGUAAAGUCUAAACCAGAAAGUAAAGGAAAAAACCCAAUUAAAGUAAAGAGAGAGGGUCCAACUCCACUCCAGGAGUUAGACCCCAACAUCAAAGAUCUUAAGCGGAGAAAAGGUAAAGAUGAUAUGCAGAACACAGUGGGGAAGAAGCAUUUGGAUGGCGGAGUGUUAUUGCAUGGAACUGUCGGGGAUUGGGGUCUUCCUCGAUGUGACGAAGUGAAGCAUCUCAUGGGAAUUAUUGGAAAUGCUAAAGAUGAGAAGCUUGGGGGUCUGGACAGAGACACAAGACAGAUGAGGGAAUUUAGAGAGUGCUUGAACAGGUGUGGCCUCUUCGACUUGGGUUUUGUGGGUAAAAGAUACACAUGGUGCAACAGAAGGUUUGGGGAGCAAAGAACAAAGCUUAGACUUGAUCGAAUGGUGGUAAACGAAAGUUGGUGUGAGAAGUUUCCUGAAGCUAUGGUGCACCACUACUUAAUGUCAAUUUCGGAACAUUGUCUACUAACAUUAUAUCUCUAUCGUCGUCAGCCACAAAAACCAAUAAGGAAGAGGUUUUUCUUCGAGGCAAUGUGGAUUAGGGAAGAAGGUUGUAGGGAGGUGAUUGAAAAGGCUUGGGACCCGAUGAGGAGAGAUCUGGAGUUUAGGCUCACGAAUAGAUUGAGAAGCUGUAAAGAAUUGGAAAUCAAAACUCUGAAGAAGGUAAUUAAUGAGACCCUUACUAGGGAGGAAAUCAUGUGGAAACAAAGGUCAAGGGCUCUAUGGUUAGAGUCAGGAGAUCGCAAUACAAAGUUUUUUUACGCCACGGCUAGACAAAGGCGUAGAAAAAAUAAGAUUGGUGGAUUGCUGAAUGAUCAACGUGUUUGGGUUGAAGACCAGGAAGGUAUUGACAGCAUUAUUUUGGAUUAUUUUUCUACCAUUUUCAAGACUGACAACCCUUUAAGUUUUGACAAGAGCUUGAGUGCAAUUUCUACUCGGGUUUCCAAGGAGAUGAAUGGGGACCUGUUAGCAGUGUUUAAGGUAGAGGAAGUUCGUGUCACUCUCCAACAAAUGCAUCCCACAAAAGCCCCUAGUCCUGAUGAUAUGUCUCCUAUUUUCUUCCAAAAGUACUGGGAAAUUGUCCAUUCUCCCCAGAAAAUUACUGAGUUUAGGCCAAUAAGCCUCUGCAACGUGGUAUACAAAAUUAUCUCUAAAGUGCUUGCAAACAGGCUUAAUGGUGUCCUUACGGAGGUGAUUGAUGAGUCUCAAAGUGCAUUUGUGCCUGGUAAAUCGAUUACAGACAAUGUGCUGGUUGCUUACGAAACAAUGCAUUUUAUAGACCAACGAAAGAAGGGAAAAGAAGCCCUUAUGGUGGUGAAGCUUGAUAUGAGCAAGGCGUAUGAUAGGGUCGAGUGGUCUUAUCUUGAAGCCAUAAUAAGGAGAAUGGGAUUUCACGAGAAAUGGAUUGCUCUAAUGAUGAUGUUUGUCGGCAAUGUUGGAAAAAAAAAAAAGGAGAGUAAAGGAAACUUAAAAGGAGUUGCGGUGAGUAGGGGAGCUCUAAGAGUUUCGCAUCUUCUAUUUGCGGAUGACAGCAUCAUCUUUUAUAGGGCUUUUGUUGAGGAUUGUGAUAGGGUGAUCAAGGUUUUAGAGGAUUACGAAGAUGACUCAGGGCAGAAACUAAAUAAGGAGAAAACUUCCUUAUUUUUCAGCAAGAAUACAAAGGAAGAGGUUUAG